AUGCUUUCCUCCUACGUGCAUACUGCGAACCGCCUUGACGCUUUUCGCGGUUGCCUAAGAAUGGAGACAUUCGUUUCUGCUAUCAAUGUCCAAGAUGCAGAGUAUAUUGUGCAACAGAUCGACUUCCCAUCAAUGCGAGAAGGACCAUUAUAUCGUCUAAUGUUUCCCGCUUACCCGACUGAACCCCAACGAUCUGAGAUAAUACAGUGGUACACCAGAGGGCUAGCCAACGCAUUAAAAUGCAAGACAAACAAGUUCCUCCAGAUUUGUGCUACCGAUGGCAGCCCGCUGGGGUUCUCUGGGUGGGCAAUGGAACAACGUGGAGUAACGGACACAACCAGAAUGCACAAAAGCUCGCAACAUGAUCUACUUCCCGAAAGCCUAGAUCUGCGCGCCUGGCUUGGGAUCUCAGGAGAAUUAAGAAAAGAGCGGGAACGGGUUCUGGAUGGAAUAAAUGAAGUUUGUUUGACAUAUAUGUCUAUUCAUCCGGAUCAUCAAUGGCAGGGCCUUGGUUCUACUCUACUACAAGAGGUUUGCGAUGAAAUUGAUGAGUUAGGAUGGCAAGCUUUUGUUAUGGCUUCCCCAGCCGGUGUACGCCUAUACGCCAAGUUUGGCUUUAAGGUGGUUGGAAAGGUGGAAACCUGCCAAGGUGCAUUCACAAGCAUGCUGCGAGAGGCUAGACCUCGCACGAAACAUAUCGAUGUUUAA